UCGGCUGAAGGGUCACGUGACACUGUUGUCAGGUAACAGCAUGGCGGACUCGCACGUUGAGCCUCUUCACAAAUUGUAUCGCUUAUCCAGCUAACCCCGCUGUGACAAGAAAAUCAUCUUUUCAGCCGGUGAAGCCCGAACACACGGCAGAAUGGAGGAGGAAAACAAACUGCAGUUCCCGUCUCUACCCGCGACUAAGGAGGAGCUUCUGGACUGGGCUUAUCCGAUGAGAAGAGAAAUGCAGGAGAUUUUACCUGGACUGUUUUUAGGGCCCUACUCUGCUGCAAUGAAAAGCAAGCUGCCAACUCUUGAGAGACACGGCAUAACACACAUCAUUUGUGUCCGCCAAGACAUUGAAGCCAAUUUUAUCAAACCCAAUUUCUCUCAUAGAUUUAGAUAUCUUGUUUUAGAUAUUGCUGACAAUCCAGUAGAAAAUAUAAUUCGUUUUUUUCCUAUGACUAAAGAGUUUAUUGAUAGCUGCUUGGCAACAGAUGGAAAGGUGCUGGUUCAUGGCAAUGCAGGGAUAUCGAGAAGUGCUGCCUUAGUGAUUGCCUACCUUAUGGAAACAUUUGGGAUGAAGUACAGGGACGCAUUCAGCUACGUACAGGAGAGGAGAUUUUGCAUCAACCCCAACGUAGGUUUUGUCCACCAACUGCAGGAAUAUGAAGCAAUCUAUCUGGCCAAACUGACCAUUAAAAUGAUGUCACCAAUAGAGUUGGGCAGGUCGUUCUCUCUACAAGCUGGGAUGCCAGGAAGUCGCAAACGCAGCCUGGAGGAGGAUGAAGAUUUUGGAGCAAUGCAGGUCACAGCAACACAGAACGGCUGAGCUUUACAGACUUUAAGCUGUGUGGCACUGUGCACUCUUUUCUUCAUGUUUUUUUACAUUUUUAAUGGGAUUAAAAAUGUAAAUAUUUGAAUUUUUCUAAGGGGAAUGGGAAAGAGGGUGGGAGGACAGCUUACCCAUGUCUGAGACAUGGAGUACUUAUGAACAAGGGUCAAAAUUGAUAACUGUUUUGUUAUUUGAGCAGGAUGCACUGAUGGGAGAUUUUUUUUUUUUUUUUUUCGCAGUUUUAUAGUAUUUAAGCAUUUUGCAUUUGCAGCGGGACAGUAUUGCAAUAAUGCACUUUGAAUACUUGAAUUAGUGAAAAUAAUCUGAUUGGGGAUGUCUGCAUAAGGGAGCGAAGAGAAGAUGUCACCCAGCGGAGGACAAAAGGAGUAGCUAUGCCUUUAUUUCAGGAGUAAUAAGGUGAUGAACUAAUAAGGCCUAACAGUCAAGAACAGAAAAAUGCUAAACACUGCUUAAUAAAAACAAGUCCUAAGUACUGUA